AUGUCGCUCUACACCAUCGGCUGCACCGUCUCCGCCGCCGCCACGCUGCAGAUCCCGCAGCUGCUGAAGAUGUGCAUGGACUUCCUGCUGGCUGAGCUGAACGUGCAGACCUGCGUGUACGUGUGGAACAUCGCGGCGGCCUACGGUCUGCGGCCCGUGUGCAACGCCGCACGCAACUUUGUGCUGGAAAACUUUGUCCAGUUCUCGGAGACGCCUCUGUUCAACCAACUCACUCUGGAGCAGAUCACGGCCUUCGUUCAGGACGAUAACCUGCUCCUGCCGUCGGAGGUCACGGCCUUUCAGUUGGUCAUGAAGUGGCUGGACUUCGACGUGUCCCGACAGCCACACGCCGCAGAGCUUCUGUCGCACGUUCGUUUGGAGACGAUCCCGGCCUCGGAGCUGGUGAGUCAGAUCCAGCCCGUGCCCCGGAUGAUGCUGGACUCUCAGUGUCAUCGCCUGCUGGUCGACGCCAUGAACUACCACCUGCUGCCGUAUCAACAGAACACGCUGCAGUCGCGCCGCACUCAGGCUCGCGGCAGUCAGUCCACGCUGCUCACCAUCGGGGGGCGCCCUUCUCUGACCGAGCGCGCUCUCAGCCGCGAGGUGUUGUGGCGAGACCCUCGUGACGGGACGGCGAGCUGGAGACACCUGACUCAGCUGCCGGCAAAGAGCUUUAACCAGUGCGUGGCGGUGAUGGACGGGUUCCUGUACGUGGCCGGCGGCGAGGACCAGAACGACGCACGUAACCAGGCCAAGCACGCCGUCAGCACGCUCAGCAGGUAUGACCCUCGCUUCAACACCUGGCUGCACCUGGCUAGCAUGCGCCAGCGCCGUACGCACUUCUCGCUGGCGGCCUCUGGGGGGCGCCUGUUUGCCAUCGGCGGCCGUAAUGUGGAGGGUCUGUUGGCCACGGCAGAGAGCUACGUGCCCAGCACCAACACGUGGCAGAUGAAGUGUCCCAUGGACGUGCCGCGCUGCUGCCACGCCAGCUCCACGCUGCCCAACGGAGACGUCCUGGUGAGCGGCGGCUACAUCAACUGCGCCUACUCCCGCUCCGUGGCGUGCUACAGACCGGACACGGACACGUGGGUGGAGAGGACCCCCAUGGACACGCCCAGAGGCUGGCACUGCUCCGCCACGCUGGGGGGGAAGGUGUACGUGGUGGGGGGCAGUCAGCUGGGGCCCGGCGGCGAGCGAGUGGACGUCCUGUCUGUGGAAGUGUACGAGCCCGAGAGCGGCAGCUGGAGCAGAGCAGCGCCCCUGCUGCUGGGAGUGAGCACUGCAGGCCUGUCGCCUCUGGCUGAGCAGCUGUAUCUUCUCGGCGGAUGGAACGAGGCGGAGAAACGGUACAAAGCCGUGGUGCAGAGGUACGACCCGGGCACCGACACCUGGUCCAUGAGUGAGGACCUUCCUGAGGCCACGGUGGGGGUCUCCUGCUGCACCCUCAGCAUGCCCCCCAGGACCUCCCCCCGCCGCCACCGCAACACGGCCCAGGACCCCAAGACCUCCACAGUCAAGACCCGGAGCCGAGAGGGCAGCCAGACCUCCACACUCAUAGCAUAA